AUGGCUCUGACAUUCCGUUCCAGUCGUUUCAGCAUCCAUGUAUGGGCCGGCAUUGCAUACAACCUUAAAACCUCGUUGUUUGUCCUCCCAUUGGCUCCAAGGAAGAAGCGACUGGGGUCGGAUAAUCAAUGGGAUCCCGCCGAAGCUCACAGCUGUCAGACGCAGGAGGACCCGCCGGCUUCGCCGGUUCUCAAUCCUAUUGAGAACAUACGCUUUGUGAUUCCUUUGAGCAGUGGCUCGGACGAGCUUAGUACAGGAGACCCUUCGCACGCACAGCAGGAAAAAGCUUGCUGGAUGUGGCAUGGUAAACUACCGUGGAAUGAUUGA